UCUUCUAUUCACUGCGUGCUGCGGUGGAGGAUCACCGACAGGUGGCGCCGUGUUGCCCGUUCGACACCGGAAACUUCGUCACCUUCCUUUUCCGCCGCGGCUCCGGCGCCUCAAGCACGAGUGUUCAUCUUUUCUCUCUUCGCGUGAGGCUGCAGUGAACAAACCGAGACCCGAGAGGCGACACCAGCAGAGGAAAAUGAAACCCAUCCUGCUCCAGGGCCAUGAGAGGUCCAUCACUCAGAUCAAGUACAACAGAGAAGGAGACCUGCUGUUCUCUGUAGCUAAAGACACGGUAGCAAACGUGUGGUACUCUGUCAAUGGCGAGAGGCUCGGCACCUACAAUGGACACACAGGAGCGGUGUGGUGUGUCGACUGUGACUGGGACACUAAAAACGUAUUAACGGGAUCUGCUGACAACAGCUGUCGACUGUGGGACUGUGAGACCGGUAAACAGCUGGCCCUGCUCCAAACCAACUCCGCUGUCAGAACGUGCGGCUUCGACUAUAGCGGCAACAUCAUCAUGUUCUCCACAGACAAGCAGAUGGGUUACCAGUGCUACCUGAACUUCUUUGACCUGAGGGAUCCACAGCAGAUUGAGGACAACCAGCCCUACCUGUCGAUACCUUGCAGUGACCACAAGAUUACCAGCGCUGUGUGGGGACCUUUGGGAGAGUUUGUCAUCGCUGGCCAUGAGAACGGAGAGUUGAACCAGUUCAGCGCCAAGUCUGGAGAUAUCCUGAAGAGCGCCAAAGAGCACACCAAGCAGAUCAAUGACAUCCAGACGUCUGUGGAUCUCACUAUGUUCAUCAGUGCCUCAAAGGACAACAGUGCCAAGCUGUUUGAUUGCACUUCUCUGGACCACAUCAAGACUUUCAAGACAGAGAGGCCUGUCAACUCUGCUGCUAUCUCCCCCAUUAUGGAUCAUGUGGUGAUGGGAGGUGGUCAGGAGGCCAUGGAGGUCACAACUACCUCCACCAGGAUCGGAAAGUUUGAGGCCAGGUUCUUCCACGCUGCUUAUGAAGAGGAGUUUGGAAGGGUCAAAGGUCACUUCGGUCCCAUCAACUGUGUGGCAUUCCACCCCGAUGGCAAGAGUUACAGCAGUGGAGGAGAAGACGGAUACACAAGGAUUCAUUACUUUGACUCACAGUACUUUGACUUUGAACUGGAGGCGUAAACAGACAGGCUCCUCGAUCCCACAGCUUCAACUAACGUCGCGCUCUGUCCGGUCAGAAAACAGGAAUAACAGGACUGCAUUUUGACCGCCUCGCUUUCUUCCCUUCAUCUGAACUGAUCUGAAGUCGGCACACAGGCCACAGUUGAUUUCAGCUGCCAUUGAUUUAAAUUCAGCCUGUAUACUUCUCUCUGAUUACUUCAAAUAAAGGAAAAGUAGUGAGCAGAGGUGACUGCAUCUCAAAAGAGUAAGGUGGGUUUUUGUUUUCUAACAUCGCUUGGAAAUUGUCUUGGUGGCAUAAGAAGCAAUUUUUGUACCCUGGAUCUGCAUUCAUGACUGGACUUUCAAACCCACACUCCCGGAUUCCUGAAGCUUAUUUAACGAUUUCUUGAUAUAUUUUCUGUUGUAAUUCAUUCCACCACGAGUCACCACAAAUAAAAUUACUGAAUUCAA